UAAAAGGAUAAGAAGAUGCCUGCUAUUCUAGUUGCCUCCAAGAUGAAGUCGGGAUUGCCCAAACCUGUGCAUGGCACUGCUCUACCCAUUCCAGCCAGGGUAGCGACCCACCAGAAUGGACCUCUGAAGCCUGUGCAGCCCACCCUCAUCCCACUGAAGUCUCCCAUCUACAGGCAGCAAAGUCAAGGCAGUGCGACUUUACAGAAAAAGUACCAGACCACCAAAGAAACAUCUAAAGACCCUCAGAUUUAUACAGAUUGGGCCAACCACUAUCUAGCCAAGUCCGGACACACACGCCUGAUUAAAGACCUCCAACGGGAUGUUGCCGAUGGCGUUUUGUUGGCAGAAAUCAUUCAGGUUGUAGCAAAUGAGAAGAUUACCGAUAUCAACGGAUUCCCAGAGAGUCGCUCUCAAAUGAUUGAGAACAUUGAUGCCUGUCUGGGCUUCCUGGCUGCUAAAGGGGUGAACAUAAAGGGACUUUGUGCCGAAGAGAUCCGUAAUGGCAAUCUGAAGGCUAUUUUAGGCUUGUUCUUCACUCUGUCACGCUUCCGGCAGCAGCAGACUUUGAAACAGGCCUCCAACAAUGUUCAGUUGCUCCAGAACAACCAGACCCACCGAUGUGCCAGUCCUGGCCUGCCUCCUCACACUCCUCCCUGUAGCGCUCCCUGUCCUUCUCCCAUCUACCAACACUACACCUCCUCCCCAUGUGCACAGAAACCACAGACAGACCUGCAGUCCAGGCUUCUGAGUCCCUCGGGGAGGGCGGGCGGAGAGAGUAAACCUCGAACCUCAAACACCAACAGACGCAGCCAAAGCUUCAACCAAUGUGACCGAUUAAAGCCAUCCAUCUCUGCCUGCGUUCAUGAAAGAGAGAAAGCCACACCAUCACCAAUAAUGGUUGAUCAUGGACCAGUCAGCUCAUCCAUUCCUCCACCCAGCUGCACCAGCACCACAACUACCACCUCUAAACCCUGGAGAAGCAAGUCGCUCAGUGCUAAACACACUGCUACAUCCUCCAUGGUCACAGUUAAACAACCACCCCCAGAUUCUCUUGAGGUUCCUCCUAAGAUGAUCGCCCAGAAGUCCAUGCUGGAAAAGCUCAAGCUCUUCAACAGCAAAACGGGUUCCAGAACUUCCAAGGUUGUCAGUACGGAAGAUGUCAAUGCUGUUGAACCAGAAGGCGGCCAGAUUUGCCCCAUACACCCUGAAGCCCUCCCUGGAAACCAAAGGCCUGUCACUCCCAGCAGUUCUGGUAGCUCAAGUCCCAAGUUAGCGCUUAAGGGCAUUGCACAGUUGACACUCGGAAGGGCUUUAGCACCCAAAAUAACCUCGGCAAAAGCAACUGAAAAAGUUAAAGAGAAGUCAAAGCCUAAAGAGAAAGACAAGCUCCCUGUUACAGAACCUGAACAACUUAAAAGAGAUACCAAAACCAAUGGACAUGUUGCACCCGACACUAAGAAGUCUGUUCCCAAAGGAAACAAAGCCAAGAAAGACAAUGCCAAAUCAGCCAUGAGUGGGAUUCCUAAACCAAGCCAGGGAGGAAAGUGUUCAGCUGCAAAUAAGGUUGUAGCAUCGCCCCCUUGUGGUCCGGAGGGAGAACGGUUACGGAAUGGCAAGAUAGGAGGUCUGUCUGUGCAUAAAGGGCAGAAAGACAGCAGAAACUACAGCUCUACAUCUAGCUUAGCAUUUUCAGAAGAGAAAAGUUGCCAAGAUCUCACUCUUGGUGCUCAGACCCACUCAACAGCCAGCAAUACAGUCAGUGUACAACUUCCACAGCUCCAGCAACAAUACAACCAUCCCAACACGGCUACUGUCGCUCCAUUCAUGUACAGGUCUCAAACAGAAAUUGAUAAGACUGGGCUUAUGGCAGGAGUGCAGGAAAGGAUAGAACGAACAGGCCUGUGCAGCAAAUCCAUCCAUACUUCUCUGGAGAACCUGACAGGUGAGGACUCUGAAACCAAGAGGCUACGUACUGUGAAAAACAUUGCUGAUCUGAGGCAAAACCUGGAAGAAACCAUGUCCAGUCUGCGGGGGACGACUUAUUUCAGUCACAGAUUCAUGUACCAUGGCAAGACAGUUGCCACAGUAAUAACUGAAUUCAUUUGUUAUGAAUGUGAACGUGCAGACACAACAUGCUGUCAAAGGAGCCGGACAAUUAUAGAGCAUAGAACAUCAAACAGCGGCAUCAUCAUAUACAUGACGGACGGAGGUCUCAACCUGUACCCCAGGAGGGUAAACCGGGUCUCAGAUGGAAUGAACAGCGUGAGAGGGACCCUUCACCACUUUAAUCCCAAGAGUCAAGAUGACACUGAUAGUUGGGACGACAGCAGCUCAGUCAGCAGCGGGAUCAGUGACACCUUGGACACCGAUGACCUCGACACCAGGUCGUCCCUUAGCUCCUACGUCAACACCCCAUCUGUCCCACACAGAGACAUAGAUGAACAGCUCCAGACGGAUGCAGAGAAGCACUCUGCAGUGAAACACAACCCCAACUGGUCCAACAGCGAGCUUAAACGUUCAGAAGGCGGCUCUGACGGUGCCAAAAAAAUGGAGACCACAACUAAAUGGAACCACAGGUCCUCAGAUGAAUCAGAACGGAGCUUGAUGGGUCGCAAGACACCUACCAUCUCACAGACGGGCUCCUGGAGGCGGGGAAUGACCGCCCAGGUGGGCGUCACCUCCCCACGGACGAAAGCUACAACACCUACGAACUGCAGCUCACUCAAGACACAUGGUAAGACCGAUGAUGCCAAAGUGUCGGAGAAAGGAUGUUCCAACGGCACCCACUCCAUAAAUGCUGAUGACUCCAAGAAACCUCCCCUCAGUUCGGCCUCACGCACCCCAACCAGCACUUUUGGCUUCAAGAAGGCCCCGGGUGCGAUAAUAACGGCGAGUGGAGCUGUGGUAACUAGUGGCUCUGCUACAGUAGGCAGGAUACCUAAAUCGGUUGGGUUUUCUGGGAGUCGAAUGGUGGGUCGGCAGACGACGGUUGAUGAUGGAUACCUUCCUCCAAGUGCUCGGAUGACUCUUCAGUACCGCAGUUUACCGAGGCCUAGUCGUACCGGCGCCGCUCGCUAUUCUAACCGCUCCAACAACUCGAGUCUUGAUGCUAGUUUUUGCAAUAAAGGUACUGCCACACUUCCCAAUCCUAAGAGUCGCAACUUAGUCAAGUCCCCAAUGGGAACUACUAACCAGACAGACCGAGAGAAGGGUAUCUUUUCCGAUGUGGAGAGCCAGGUACUUAAGACUAGCGCAACUGCACAGAUGGGGAUACCAACUCAGUGCCAAGCUGGACGACAAGCAGGAGGAAAGUAUUCAGAAAUGUCCUCGCCAACCCUUCGUAGACUGUUUGGUAGCAAAUCUUGCAUCAAGCAAGCUCCGGUCACCAUGGAGAACAUGAAGAACUCCACCGUCAUCUCCAAUCCUCAUGCCACGUCCAUCCAGCAGAAUGGUUCUCUAAACACUCCAUCUGUCGCCAGUGGAGGCAGUGACCCAGUUUACGGUGACAAGCUGACGUUGCCCUCUGGGGGUCAUGGAGAGCAGACCAUUUCUUCAAUGGCCUCCAGCCCAGGAUCAGCUUUCUCUCCUUGGGGAGGCAGGGAUGGAUUGGGCUCCAACCACACCAGUAUUGACUCCAUAGAUGUUUCCUUGGGAAGGGAACCUUUAUGUCUUAAUCGGACCAACAGUGCCCGAACUGGCCUCUCAGACAGCUCUCACUCCUCCCCCUCUGCUAGCCCUAAAUGUACCCGCAACACACUCCCACGGAAAGAGGACAGGUAUGGCCAUGUGCCUCAGGUCAAAGGUCAUGAAGAGGCCCGUGAUUGGCUACGUUCACUCGCAGCUGUUGGGCUCCCGGAUUCAAUUGGCUCUUCCCCCUACACACCUGCCUCUGCACUCAGCUCACCCUCCGGCACACGCUUCAACUUUAGCACACUUGGCAGUCCCUGCACAGCUUCUCAGAUAGCAACUUUGCGCGGCACCAAUGGUCAGGACAAUCACGACAACCCAUGCGACCCACGUCUGAGGAAUCCCUCGAUGAGCCUGGAGGAAAAGAGCCGCACUAUGAGUAGCUCCGGAUCGUUCCGUGUGGGCCUGGAGGAAGCUCAUGGCUCAUCUUUGUCUCUAGUCUCUAGCACAUCGUCAGUUUACUCUACGCCUGAGGAAAAGGCUCAGAUGGAGAUCCGUAAGCUGAGGAGGGAAUUGGAUGCGUCGCAGGAGAAGGUCUCAGCUCUCACAACACAGCUCAGUGCCAAUGCUCAUCUUGUGGCGGCUUUUGAGCAGAGUUUAGGAAACAUGACCAUCCGGCUGCAGAGCCUGACGACGACAGCAGAUCAGAAGGACACAGAGCUAAAUGACUUGAGGAAGACCAUUGAACUCCUUCAGAAGCAGAACUCAGCGACUCAAGCCACGAUCAAUGGAGUCAUUAACACACCAGAUCCAACAUUAACAAACCGCAAGGUUUCUCUCGACUCUGUCAACGGGUCGCCUCAGUCUCAGCGAGAGUUGCGGAUCCACAGACAGCCCUCAUCAGACAGCGUCUCCAGCAUGACCAGCGCCACCAGCCACUCCAGCAUUGGCAGCAACCUGGAGCUGGACGCUAAGAACAAGAAGAAGAAGAAAAGCUGGCUGCGGAGCUCCUUUAAACAAGCAUUCGGGAAGAAAAAGUCUCCCAAAUCGGCGUCCUCUCACUCGGACAUUGAAGAGAUGACAGACUCUUCUCUGCCAUCUUCACCCAAACUCCCCUAUAACAGCUCGACGGCCUCUUCUCCCAUGAUACGCAACUCCCACUCCAACUCCCUUCCUCAACUGUCCUCCCUGCCUGCACACGGGCCUGUCUGGGGCUGUAGCAGCAAGUCCAUGAGGUCUGCCUCACUGGCACGGAUCUCUGAGUGUACAGACAGCGAGGCCGAAACAGUCAUGCAGUUGCGCAGUGAACUGCGUGAUAAAGAAAUGAAACUUACAGACAUCAGAUUGGAAGCCCUCAGCUCUGCCCACCAAUUGGACCAACUACGAGAAUCCAUGAACCGCAUGCAAAUCGAGAUCGAGAGGCUGAAAGUAGAGAAUGACCGAUUAAAGAUUGAGAGCCGAGGCAGCGGUAGCAGAGCUCCUUCUCAGAUGUCCAUCUCCCCUUCUUCUGUGGGCCUUUCAUCUCAACUUAGCCUCACAGAAUCCACCAGCUUAGAUAUGUUGCUAGAAGACAGUGGAGAUGGAAGUUCCUGGAAAGAGGGACAACAUGUGAAGGUCGUGGUCAGUUUGGAGAAAUAUCCAGAGUGGAAAGAGGAAUGCAGACCUUCUCAGUUCAUGCUAGGCUGCAUUGGUGUCAGUGGAAAAACCAGAUGGGAUGUCCUAGAUGGGGUAGUCAGACGUCUCUUUAAGGAAUAUAUCAUCUACAUAGAUCCUAUCACACAGCUGGGUCUGAACACCGACAGUGUGUUGGAGUACAGCAUUGGAGACAUCCAUCGCGCCAGUGAUGCAGAUACACCAGAACUCCUGCCAUGCGGUUAUCUUGUGGGAGAAAGCGAUACUAUCUCUGUCAAGCUGAAAGACUUGUCUGUUAAUAGUGAGGACCGUUUGGCAUUCGAGGCGCUCAUUCCAAAGCCGGUUCUGCAGCGAUACAUCUCUCAGCUUGAGGAGUACAGACGAAUAAUCUUUUCAGGGCCUUCUGGCACAGGGAAAAGCUUUCUAGCCAGCAGACUGGCCGAGUACAUGGUCCUAAAAGAGGGAAAACAGCUGGAACAUCAAGCAAUCGCCACUUUCAAUGUUGAUAACAAAACUACUAAGGAGCUGAAGCAGUACUUGUCCAGCCUGGCAGACCAGUGUAAAAACAAUGUACAUGCUGCUGACAUUCCUGUGGUGCUUAUACUAGAUAACCUUCACCACGUCACUUCACUGGCCGAGAUUUUCAACGGCCUGCUCAACUGCAAGAACCACCAGUGUCCUUACAUCAUUGGAACCAUGAAUCAAACUCCAUCACCCACUCCAAAUCUACAGCUUCAUCAUAAUUUUAGGUGGAUUUUAUGUGCCAAUCAUACUGAGCCAGUGAAAGGUUUUCUGGGUCGGUACUUGCGACGGAAGCUUCUAGAAACUGAGAUCAGCAGUCGUCUGAGGAACAGCGAGCUAGUUAAGAUUAUUGAGUGGAUCCCAUGUGUUUGGCAUCAUCUCAACCGCUUCCUGGAAACACAUAGUUCUUCCGAUGUCACAAUUGGACCUCGACUCUUUCUAUCCUGCCCAAUGGAUGUUGAAGGCUCAAGAGUGUGGUUCACCGAUCUGUGGAACUACUCCAUCCUCCCCUACAUGCUGGAGGCUGUCAGAGAAGGGCUGCUGAUGUAUGGACGUAAGGCAGCAUGGGAGGAUCCGGCCAAGUGGGUGAUGGACAGCUUCCCUUGGGUGGCAAGUCCACAGCAACAUGAGUGGCAUUCCCUGCUGCGACUUCGGCCAGAGGACGUAGGGUUUGAUGGGUACAAUAUAUCUCAGGAGGGCAGUCCAGGCAAGCAACCUGCACAGGGAAAAUCAGAAGAAGACCCACUGAUGAAUAUGUUAAUGAGGUUGAAGGAGACCGCUCACUGCACAGGGACGGAGAGCUACGACAGUGAUUCCACCAACAACAGUCACCAAGAUGACAUGCUGGACUCUUCUGAGACCUUUUAAUAUCAAAUUCGGCUUGUAUAUGAAUCUUGGUGCUGGUAACCUGCAAAACAGGGUGCUGGAAACCCUGAAAAAUCAUUAUUGCUCCGUAAGUCACAUCGCACCCUAAUCAUCACCUAAAAUGCAAGAAAAUAACAUGUUUUAAAGUUAAAUAUUCAUCAGAGAUUGUCAUUCCCUGAAAUGGACACUAGAUAGCGGUAUAAAUGUGUUCAAAAAGGAGACAAACCUUGUUGAGCUGUAACAACUCCUUUUGAAUUCAAAACUUGCCAAUUCAUGUUUAUUUUCAGUCAUAUAUUAAACUUUCUAAAUAGUAUCUAAUGUUGGGUGACUUUUAUGUACUAGCGAACAACUUUGGUGCUGAACUUUAUAAUAACGCCUUACAACUCUUGUUAUAAGUUGAGACGGGCUAACUUGUCUUAAAGAUUUGUAACUUUAUACAAAUACAAAUAAUGCAAGGACAUUAUAGCCUUCGAAUGAUGCACUAUCUGUGGGACCUCACCUGUCAGAGAAAUAUAGUGAAAUAUGAACCAUAUUGUGUUUGCCUUUCAACAACAAAACAGAGUUUUGGUAACACACUUGCAUAACAUAAAGAGAUGUUUGGAAAAGUCUAGAUAACAUUGAAAGCAAAUAUGAUAUGAUUAUCUUAUCAAAGUUCUAUAAUUUUGUGCCAGGAGCAUAGUUUGUGCCUCUUUAUGAAGUACAAUAUUCUCUAUGCAAUAUUGUUACAUUCAAAGAUUACAAAACAGAAUCUCUCGAAAACUUUAGUCAACAACAGAAAAGGUUUUACCAAACAAUCUCAGUGAAUAAAAACCAUUACAGACAAUACAGAGGCAUUAUUACCUUGCAAUACUGUUGAUAUCAGGAAGGCUUAAAACCAAAACUGACCACACUUUUAUAGAUUCUUAUAAUUCUACAAGUACAGCAUACAACGAGUCAACUUUGUUCAUUGUGAGAGUAUGUUUAUCUAAAAAUACUUGUUGAGGGGAGAAAGAACCUUCUAUUGCAUAGGUCUUCAACCCUGCUCCUGGGGACCCACUGUCCUGCAGAGUUCAGCUCCAACCCUAAUCAAACACACCCUGAACCAAAUAAUCAAGAUCUUCAGGAUCAACUUCUAAAGUUACAGGCCAGGUGUGCUGAAGCAGGUUGGAAAAAAUUUGCAGGACAGUGGGUCCCCAGGAGCAGGGUUGAUGGCCUAUGUUCUAUUGUGUCAGUCAUUGAGGUCUAUACAUACAGAAGAUCAUGGGGUAGUUGUACAUUCAAAAAGGUCCGGCACAAGGAUCUGUGUGAUGUGAUUUAGCCUGAAUUGGGGGUUAGUGUGUCUUCCUAAUGUGGCAAACAUUUGCAUGAAGUCCAAGUAGAUUACUGAGAGUUGCUUUAUUUGAAAGAUUGCAUUUUGUUUAACUAGAAAAAGACACUUUUUUUUUUUUCAAUGGUUCGUUUUAAAAUAAUUUUCUAGAACUUGUUUUAAUAGAAGACCUUAUGCAGUAUUUCUUAAUUUUGUUUUUUCUGUUCGAUCCCACCAAAUAAUUUGCUGUGCUUCAAGUACUGCCAAUAUAUUUGUUUCCUUUGAACACUUCUACAGGUGAAAACAUUUGUGUGGAAAAUAAAGAAAUUAGUUUAUAUGACUUUUUUUGUUUAUGCAGUUAGUAUCUACUUAUAAAUUGCUGGUAAUUUCAGAAACAAGACUGAAUUUUGAUUGAGUUUGUGUAUAUUUUCAGUUGUACUAUAUUGUAAAUAUUUGCCUCAUGUUUUAUUUGUUUGUGUAGUC